CGCGAAGAAAGCAAUGUCUUUCAAACCAGCUUCAUUCACCCGAGUCACCAUCGCAACCUAAUCCACUCUCCAGAACAUUUAUUAACAGCUAGCCAUUUCACCAUGGCGCCCGUAACCGCCACUCACCAAGAGGCGCAGGAGUCCGUCAAAAAUGUAAUCCAAGACCUCCUAAACCUCAUGGUCCAAGUCUCCCAGUACGACACCAACCCUUCCUCGAGCAACAACAACACGCCCACCAGCUCCCGAGCCAGCGGCGGCGGCGGCGGGGGACACGCCUCCUCGCGCGACAUCAUUGCUCAAUCCCUCCAAACCCUCGACGCCUCCCUCCUCUCCGUCUACCGCACCGCGAACCUCCUACCCUCUUCCCCUUCCUCCCCUUCCAACAAUCUACCACAGCAGGGAACCACAGAACUCGAACGCGCCGAAGCCGCCCAAUUCGCCUCCACCUUCAACAACACGCAUAACCCGUACGCGCCCCAUGUCCACCAACCGGGCCCGCAGAAUCCAGGCAUUCCGAUCCCGCUGAUCACGUACGUUGAGAACGGACGGAACCCGGACGUGUACACGCGCGAGUUCAUCGAGCUGGUGCGUAGGAGCAACCAGCUCAUGCGGGGCAAGAUGCACGCUUUUAGGGAUUUCCGGGACGUUCUCGCGGGCGAGAUGGAGGCGGCGUUGCCGGAGCUGAGGGAGGAUAUCAAGAGGGUGGUGGAGGCGACGGGGGGGCCUGGCCCGGCGGAGGGGACCGAAGAGAGGGCCAGGGAAGGGGUGGUGGGCAGUUUGAGUGCUGGUGGUGAGGGACAACAGGGACAACAGGGACAAGGGCAGCAAGGCGGGCAGUAGGAGUGUGCUUCGCUGGAUGCUCUAUCACCGAUCUCACAAGAGUGAGGUGCGGACCGUGUGGACGGCUGAUUGAGAGAGAUGGUUCCAAACAUUGCGAAAGAGGAGGGGAUCAACAAGUCGCAGGUGGUUCCUUUCUGAUUGCUA